AUGUGGAGCAGGCGGGCUGCUGCUUCCCUUUGCCGCCCGUCUCUGAGGCAGGCCCGCCGGCUGAUGUCGUCUUCGUCGUCGUCGUCGUCCUUCCAAUUUCCAGAGAACCAUCAGCGGUGCCAUCGCCUUGUGGCUACCGCACGUGAAACCGCGACGGCAAGUUUAGGGUGCAGCAGCGGCGGCAGCAAUGGCAGCCUAGCCUACCCGUGGGUGUGGAAUGAGACAGAGAACUGGUGCAGUCUCUGUCGUGAGCCGCACAACGGGUGGAACGACCACCGCGGGAAGCGCGACCACAUCUGCCUUGAGAUGUUCUACAAUGCGCUUGUACAGUACAGCAGGCAGUGGACACCAGCAACGUUGUGGUGGGAAAUAGAGAAGUGUACAUUGCUGCGGCGCUCCUCUUCGGAUGCACCGUGCCUCUCUCCAGAUUUUACGCAUGAACUUUUCGGCGAAUCGUAUCUUGAUUAUGUGCAUGCCCCAACCGCAGGAAAAGGCAACCUUAGUGCCCUCAUGAAGUACUAUGAUCGAGCCGAGCACUAUGGGCGCAGGUUGGAGCUCUAUGCAUGUAUUCAGCAUCUUAUUGAGAAUGGUAUUGUGCGUACGGAUCGAGCAGCACUCAGCGGGGGGUCGUCCUUUCAUGGGUCUCUGGUGACAUUUAAGGAGCUUUUUCCGAAUCUUGUGAAUAUGUUUCCUUACGCGGAUGCCAAGGAGAUUUCCGCCUUGACACAAAUGAUUGCAUCAACCUACAACGGCGAGACGGUCUUUGAUUUGUGCAAUUUCCGGGGCUUGGUUCCUUGGGAACAGGGAAAUGAGGCAGCGAUGGCAAAGGGCCAAGUUUCGCCGUCCACCGGGGAACUCCAGGGUGACGCGAUUCCCGAUAGUGCUAUGGGAGAGUACUCGUAUCACUGGAAGGGCGUGUUCUGUCGCGGGGUGAUGGGUCAGCUGCGGUGGGCGUUGGAGACCGACAGCGUGGCUUGCCCUCUGCAACCAGGGGAAGGGAAGACGGGUGGGGUGUUUAGCGAGGAGUACUGGCAGGUUCUCGCAGAGCACACGUGCCGUGCGCUUCUCGCAGAAAUGGUCUUCUGCCGCGUUUCGGAGUACGUUGUGCGGGUGGAGGGAGUGUGGCGACAGCGCGGCCAAGAGGUGGUGCGGGGCCCGACCGCGGCGGGGUGCCAAGGUGGGGACGACGCGCUGUCGAAGUUGGCGUCAAACUGGGGCAUGCUCAAGUACAUGGAUGACCACUUCUACGAGCCCUCCUUUGGAAGCCGUCUGCCAAACGAUGGCGUGCCGAGGGGGAGGCGGGGGCAAGUGAAGGGAUGA